AGAAAUCCGCCAUUUUAUGUCAAACACACACGCACACAGCAAAACAAUAAACCAAGAGAGGGAGAAAGAGAAAGAAAGAGCUAAUCAGAAAUAAAUGUGAAUUAUAGUUAUUAAACACACAUAUAGAAAGGGAGGGGGAUUUAAAGUGUGUCUCAACUGAGGGCUGAAGAUGUCCGUCGACAGGAGAGAUGAGAAAGAUGGGGAACUGAAUGUGCUGGAAGACAUUUUAACUGAUGCUCCUGACCAGGAUGAUGAGCUCUACAACCCGGAGAGUGAACAUGAUAUAAAUGAGAAAAAAGGGUUUAAAAGGAAGAACAAACGAGGAGACAGCCAUGGUUCAAAACGGCUCAGAUCCUCUGGACAUGCCACCAGACAGCCUUUAAAGAGAGCCACCCCUGCUGCUGGAUCAAACGGCAAAAAGAGCAUCUUUCCUAGAGAAAGACAUGCCCCGGAAAAUGUCUAUGAUGACAGAAAGAACCAUGCUGAAAGAGUGGAUGUGUCUCGGGGGGAUCUACCUGGAGGAUAUGGAGACAAAGGCCUGUCCCGCAGCAGAGACUCACAGAGACGAAUCAAACCCCUGUUGCCUGAGUUGACAGAGAAGAUGAGGACUAGUGAGGACAGCACAGGCAGAGCAAGCCACUCGUCUAGAGAGGAAGAGGCUCAUUCAGAAGAAUACGCAUCUGAGCAGGAGACAGGCAGCUCUGUGGCUUCCACUGAGGGCAACCAAUCCGAUGUUGAGGAGGAAGAGGUCAUGGAAGAAGAAGGAGAAGAGAAGGAAGUGGAAGAGGAAGAAGAGGAAGAGUAUGAACUGGAGGAAGAGGACCCGCGGGAGGGAAAUGAACAAAACGACUAUGAUACUCGCAGUGAAGCCAGUGAUUCCCAGUCUGAGUCUGUUUCCUUCUCGGAUGGAGAGUCUGUGCAUUCAGCUUCGGGCUCAGAGGCAUCAGAUGAGGAAAGCAAAGAGAAGAAGCACACUAGAGGGAUAUCACCAAUCCUUUUUGAUAGAAGUGGAAGUUCAGCUUCAGAAUCAUAUACAGGGUCUGAAAAGAAACAUGAGAAACUGUCGUCUUCUGUCAGAGCUGUGAGGAAGGAUCAAACCAGCAAGCUGCAGUACAUCCUGAGAGAGGCCAGGUUAUUUCUAAUUAAGAGCAACAACCAUGAGAACGUAUCUCUGGCCAAAGCAAAGGGUGUGUGGUCCACUCUGCCUGUCAAUGAAAAAAAACUGAACGCAGCUUUCCGCUCUGCUCGGAGUGUUGUGCUAAUCUUCUCUGUCAGGGAGAGUGGAAAGUUUCAAGGUUUUGCACGUCUGUCCUCUGAGUCUCAUCAUGGAGGUUCUCCCAUUCACUGGGUUCUGCCCGCAGGCAUGAAUGCCAAGAUGCUUGGAGGAGUCUUCAAAAUUGACUGGAUUUGCAGGCGGGAAUUGCCUUUCACAAAAACGGCCCAUCUCUCAAACCCAUGGAAUGAGCACAAGCCUGUAAAGAUUGGACGUGAUGGACAGGAGAUUGAACCAGAUUGCGGGACACAGCUGUGCAUGCUCUUCCCCCCGGACGAGAGCAUUGACUUGUAUCAAGUCAUUCACAAAAUGCGCCACAAGAGGAGGAUGCACUCCGAGUCUCGAUCUCGGGGCAGACCCCCCCACAGAGAGCUGGCCCCACGAGACCUGGGAAGGCGUCGUCCAGAGGAAUAUGACAAGCACAACCGCAAGCGGCCCAAGAUUGAUUACCCUCCAGAAUUCCCCCAGAGACCAGGUUUUAUGCAAGACCUCCGCAAUCCACCUAUCGACAGGCGCUUCACUGGUGUUAGAAGAGAUGUUUUUCUCAAUGGAUCAUACAAUGACUAUAUGAGAGAAUUCCACCACAACAUUGGGCCUCCGCCAGCAUGGCAAGGAAUGGCGCCAUACCCUGGAAUUGAGCAUCCCCCCCAGCACCCAUACUAUCAGCAUCAUCCACCUCCGCCCCAUGCUCACCCUCCUUACUCCGGACACCACCCCAUGCCCCAUGAUGCCCGCUUUAGGGAGAAAAGGGUUGUUCGCUCUUUUGCCUCCAGUCUGCAUGACUAUGACAUGCGUGUGGACGACUUCCUGAGGCGCACACAGGCAGUGGUGAGUGGACGUAGGAGCCGCCAACGUGAACGUGACCGGCAAAGAGAGCAUGACAGGCCACGAGAUGGACGUCGUGACCGAGAGAGAGAGCGUGGCAGAGAACGCGAUCGUGAAAGAGAACGGAUUCGAGAUCGUGCGAGAGAGAAGGAGAGGGGCCGAUACCGGAGAUAGGGGAACAUGUUUAACCUUUUUUUUUUUUUUGGGAUAAUGUUUCAUUUAUUUUUAAUUUUUUUUAUUUUACAGUUGAACUGUUUAUUUGGAAGCUGAAUUACCUUUGAGUAUUUUUUUUUAAAUAUUUAUCUCAAAUCCCUGCAAUUGUUUGUAUCAUGCAGGCAGUGCAUCUGAACUGUGAAAACCAAAAAGCAUUUUUACCCUCAAAUCUUUUUUUUUUUUUUUUUUUUCAAUCAUCGGUUCUGUAGAUAAGCGUUGGUUCAGCAUUGUUGAGAAGGGUAUGUGUUUCCUUCCCACUUUUGAGUUGUGAGUAUACUGCCUGUUCCUUGCGUGGUUAUUACAGCUUUUUAAUGUCUUGCUUUCCAUUGUACAUUUAAAUUAAGUCAUAGGUGCCAUGGUGGUGCAGCUUAAUAUGACCAGUGUAUCAAGGUCGUUUCUUAAGCUUUGUUUGAAGCCAGGCUCGUUUUGUAUUGUUUUGACAGGGAAACAAGGUAUUCCCACAUUUGUUUCUGUUGUCCAGUGAAACGAUCAUAAAUGACAUGAAGGUUUGUAAAAUGACUUGUAAACCCAUUUGUGAUUGGAGAAGUAUCUUUUAUGGAUGCCUUUUGUACAAAUCAAAAAAUAAAUAAACAGAAACAUUUUGUUUUAA